AUGCGGCGCGUGUCAGUGCUCGGCUCCUGCUGGUUGGCCGUGGGAACUAGCUGCACCUGUGGAGAUACGAGGCAGCCUCUUCCCACACGAAGCGCCUGGCGUCUGGCCCAGCAAGCCGAGGUAGAGGCGCUCCUUGAUCAGCAUUGGGGCUUCAUGCGGACGGGUUACACAAUGAGUAUUGAAGAUGAUGAGAAGGUCCAGCAAGCCCAGAUGCGCAUCCGGAAGCACUCGGACUCUGAUCCGGCCUCGGCGCACGUCUACGGAGAGCUGACUGCGAACGGCGUGCGGCAGCUCUCCGCCUUCCUCGGUCUUGAUGAGGCCAAAGAUGCUUCCUUCGUCGAUUUAGGGGCUGGAGUCGGGAAGGUCGUGGCACAGAUCUUCCUGGAGAAUCCGAGGGUGCGACGGGUGCUCGGCGUGGAGCUAUCGCCAACUCGCGCGGAGAACGGCCGCGAGGCCCUGGCAGAGCUUCGAGCCGGGGAGAUGAUGGUGCUGCGCCAGCGUGCACUGCUGGGUGAUGCCUUGGAGGAUGCAGCACUUUCCGGUGAUCCCUGGGCCUCCACCGGUGAGGUGGAUUUCGUUGAGGGCGACAUGUUUCAAAUGGAUCUUGGUCAUGCAACGCAUGUCUACAUGGCCUCCACCUCCUGGUGUCCUUCAAUGUUGCGCGAGCUUGCAGGCAAGUUGCUGAAGGAGGCGACAUAUCUGCAGGCAGCAGCCUCCCUCAAGCGACUCCCUGAGGGCCUUGCUGGCUUCGAGGAGGUCGAGGCCCAGUUGCAGACGUCCUGGACCAAGAAGGACCCGGCCGGCUCCAAAGUGUACAUCUACCGUGCGGCUCAGCGAUGUGAUGCGCCAAAGUGA